CCCGGCUUCCCAUUGCACACCAUUCUACACUAUGGCCGCGAACCCCUCACCCCAACCCCCCCACAGCACCAACACGCUGACCGAAUCCGGCAUAACCAUCCCCUCUGAUAGCGAAAACUACGACGGCAACCAUGAGCUCUCUUCCUCUCCUCCUUCCUCCUCCUCCUCCCCCCUAAUACUCUACUCGCCGCCUACGUUCUGGGGUCUGGUGCGCGGGGCCGCGAUAAAUUUACUGCUGCCGUUUGUCAACGGGCUGAUGUUGGGCUUUGGAGAGUUGAUUGCGAAUGAGGUUGCUUGGAGGUUUGGGUGGAGUGGUACGAAGAUAUUCCCCACCCACCGCUCCUCCACCCGUCGCGUGGGUCCCGGCGUGGAAAUGCGUCCCGAUCCCAUCGAGCGCCGACGAAGGAAUGGUCGAGAGAUGGACAUGUAUACUAGCCUGGAGUAAAGUCGAUUUAGAGGGGGUUCUGAUUCCACUCGGCCCAGAGUCCAAGUAGGGGUUAGGCAAUCGGCGGGUUAAGCGGGGCAGGAGGUGCUCUGUUAAAAAAUAAAGACGAUAAUCAUCGGACCGGCCGGACAGACAGAGAGGAGAGAAGCUGUAUAUAGGAGGCGGAGGCGUUGGUGUUGGUGUUGGCGUGGCGUCGGCAUCUCUAUACGCCCGCCGUAAUCGAUAUAGCGGACUAAUACUCCUCACUUAGGCGUUUGAGGAUCCAGCACUAGCGAACUGCGUCUUCGUUGAAGCGGGAUGACCGAUAUACAGAAAUACAAGAGCAGGCGUAUUCUCCAUUUCCGUGAUUGUAC